CCUCUCAUGUCUCCUUGUCUUGUUGUUCUUGAAGUCAGUCUUAGCAGUAGUCACACAUGAUCAUCAAGAUAAACAGCUUGGUCGAUGAAUGCUUCUCAAUCUGGCUAUGCAUCAACCGAGUUUGCUUAUGGAGCUGGUCAUGUAGACCCAAUAGCUGCUACUAAUCCUGGACUCGUCUAUGAGAUAACCAAAACAGACUACAUUGCCUUCCUCUGUGGCAUGAAGUACAAUGCCACUACCGUGAAACUCAUCUCCGGUGCAGCCGUCACUUGCAGUGAAAAAAUCUUACCUAGAAACCUCAACUAUCCAUCGAUGUCGGCUAAAUUAUCGGGAUCUAAUAACUCCUUCACCGUCACUUUCAAAAGAAUCGUCACCAACGUCGGUACCCCAAACUCUACAUACAAAUCAAAAGUGGUCUUAAAUCACGGAUCUAAGCUCAACGUCAAGGUCUCACCUAGUGUUCUAUAUAUGAAUUCGAUGAACGAGAAGCAGUCUUUCACGGUGACAGUUUCGGGAAGCGAGCUCCAUUCAGAACUGCCUUCGUCUGCAAAUCUAAUUUGGUCUGAUGGAACUCAUAAUGUGAGAAGCCCCAUUGUUGUUUAUACUGGUGACUUCUCACCACCAUCGUCAUCAUAAACCAUUAUUGUUGUUGUUGUUGUAAUCAUUCAAUUUCUGUUAUGGUAUUAAUGUCUAAGAACAUUGAAUAAGAUAAUACAACUGUUGUGUUUUU